AUGUUUCCCCUGAAUAGAGUUAUGAAAAUUCAGAUAAUUAACAUGAUGGUAUUGGUUGGUGCCCCAAAAGCUGAUUCUGGUCAAGUGGGUACAAUACAAGCAGGGGCGCUCUUCGCAUGUCCUAUAAACACCCGAUACACAGGAAACAGCUCAGAAUGGUGUGAGCAAGUCCGCUCUGAAUACGAAGAUAUAUCCUCCUACUCGAAGUCACCGGAUAUGACUUUGACUGGGAGAGAAGCCCACCAUCUCGGCAAAAAUGGCGAGCUUUUAGGUGCAUCCCUUGCAUCACAAGGUACUCAGCGAGGUGGAGCUGUGGUCUGUGCUCCUUUGAUGCGAUUUCACAAUACGAGUGCUUACACUCAAGGCGCUUGUUAUGAACUUAAUUCGGAUCUCUCUUUGGGUGGAACGUAUACAACCUGUCUACAGAAAAAUCUGCCCAAACUUGACCGCCAUAAUGAAUAUGGAGCAUGUAUGGAAGGAUUUUCAUCAGCAUAUUCUGGAGUAAGUUAGCG